AUGACAGCAGCAAUAAGGGAAAUGGGUUGGAGGCAUCUACCUUGCUUUGCGCAUUCUCUGAAUCUAGUCGUACAAGACGCUAUGAAGCUUGAGCAAGACCUUACAGGCAUCAAAGAAAGGUGUAAGCAGAUCGUUUCCCAUUUUCAUCGAAGUGCUAAGUCUAGUGAUAAACUAGCAGCUAUACAAAAGCAACUGGCAGCACCGGAGCACAAGCUUAUUCAGGAAGUCUGCACUAGAUGGAACUCCACCUACUUGAUGUUCCAAAGGUAUGUAGAGCAGCAUGAAGCCGUUACAGCUACAUUGUGUCUCCUUGGCCAUAACGCUCUCUGCCUUUCAUCAGAUGAUGUAACUACCAUAUCUAAAUCUCUGGCAGUAUUGGCACCAUUCCUUGAGGCAACAGAGAACAUAUCAGCUGAUCAGUAUGUUUCAGUAUCACUGAUAUUACCCUUGAAGAAGCUGCUACAACAGCAAUGCUGCACCAGCUAUCGCACAUCAUCCACACCACUAGCAGAGUUACUAGCUGAUGAGCUUGAGAGUCGAUUUUCUGCACUAGAGACCUCAUACCUUUCCUGUGUUACUACUUUUCUAGAUCCAAGAUUAAAAAAAAUUCCGUUCUCCUCCCAAACAUCAGUCGAGCACACAACUAAUCGUAUCAUUAGAGAAAUGACAAGCCAUGAGGUCGGAUCCACUGGCAUAGAUAACUCAGCUGGCAACUCUGGUAGCUCAACACAGUCAACAGAACCAUCUCAAAGUCUGUGGAAUACAUUUGACCGAAGUGUGGCUGAAUCUACCUCCCACAGAAACACAGGAACUGACUGUAUUAUUAGACCCAACAUUAGCAGACUGUAUUAG